AUGAACGGAGUUAAAAAACUCAAGAGUGAGUCAACUGAGUUGCCUGAUUGUGUUAUAUCGCAUAUCUUUUCCAUGUUAAGUUUGAAGAAUUUGGUGAAAACUAGUGCUUUGUCCAAACAAUGGUAUCGCGAAUGGGGAUUUAGGAAAGAUCUCAACUUUGAUCUCCAGAACUUGUUUGACUUUAAUACAAUUCCAGACUUACCAAUAACCCUUCCACUCUUUCAACGCUUUCAAUGUCAAUUUGCCACAAGAUUCGAUUACUUCAUGCAGAAAUAUCCUGGUGUCAUCAUCCGUUCUAUCCGAGUCAAUUUUCCAUUAGGUGCCGAUCAUUCUUAUGCCAUUGAUAGAUUGAUUCGCAAAGGACUUCUUAAGGGUGCUAAUCGUAUUGAGCUCCUCUUCGCAAAUGAAACUCAUUUUCAAAUAAACCAAUUCAGAUUUGUAUUUCCUUUCUUGUUUGGCUCCAAUUCUCUCACAUAUCUACACCUACAGAACUGCUGUAUAGAAGCAACUAUGGACUUUUCUGGGUUGAAGAAUUUGAGAACUCUUGUGUUGCAUCAAGUUCCUGUGAAGCAGAAUGUGCUUCAAGAUCUGUGUCUUAACUGCAUCCAUCUUGAGAACUUCACUCUUAAUGAAUGUACCUUCAUAUCCGACUUAAGAAUAACUAGUUCAAUGUUGCUUCAUUUGAACAUUAACUGCGGACGUAUAAUUACAAACAGGAAUAUUGAUAUCAUUGCACCAAAACUCUUAUCCAUUGAAUAUUCUUCGGACUGUUUCUAUCACCUACGCAUAGUGAACAUUAAGGCUCAUAUGUUAUCCAAGUUUAGCUAUAGAUCUAUUAACAUUUUUAAUAUUGUCGAUUUUUCUGGACUGAAAAAUGUGACAACAAUUGUGUUUGAUGGAAUCCGUGAAUGUCUCCAAUGUCAUGUCAUAUCUCAUUUGUUUUCUAAAUGUCUCCAACUUGAAGAUGUCACCUUUAAGGAGUGCAACAUCAAGUGUGAUAUGAAAAUUAUCGGUGCAAAGUUGUGUCGUUUGAGAAUAAUUGAUUGUCCCUAUAAGAAUCAUUGUUCUUAUAAGAUAGAUAUCGAUGCUUUGAACCUCUCAUCCUUUGAAUAUAUGGGUCACACUUUCAUGAGGCCUAUAAUCUCUCUCAAGGCUCCAAAGUUAUCGAAGGUUUUUUGGGAUGUAGGUCCAAGAAUGGAAGAUAUAUAUAACUUUGAUACAAUUGCAAGAUUACAUCUACUUCAGGAUUUAACUAUGAAUAUGGGCCGUCCUCAGAUAUCCGAGUUAAGGAAGGAUUUGGUUCGACUUCAACAUCUUACACAAUUGAAAUUGUUUAUUGUGGGAGCAUAUAAGCCUGAUAUGGACUACUUUUGGAUUUUAGAUAUUGCAAUGGCUUCUCCGCAUCUCAAAACACUUUCUCUAACUAUUCAAAAUGAACAUACAGAAAUCUCUCAUAUGGUUGAGUCUCAAAGGCAAAGAAGAGAGUAUGUGAGGUUUAUUCACAAUGGUUUAAAAUAUGUGGAGUUACAUGGCUGUGUUUGCUCCAUAGAUGUAAUUGAGUUAGCUAGUCAUCUAUUGAGGAGUGCAACUUUGCUUAAACAAAUUACUUUGAGUUCUUGUCACAAUUACUAUAUAGGCGCUGGAAGAUGGAAUAUGGAUUCCCAUGGUUGUUGUUGGUUUGAACGGAAUGUUAUUCAUGAGCAUCUAAAAGAUGAAGUAAAUGAACAUUGUCAGCUCAUAAUUUUGCAGAGUCGUGUUAUUUAUUUAUAUUGA